AUCCAAUCUGUAAUUUCAUUUGUGUGAUAAGUAAGGUACGUACGGACCGGACGGCGUAUGUUACGUUGGUUGGUUGGUGGAAGGAAGGGAUAAAAUAAACGCAUAUGGAUGGAUCCACCCGGUGUCCAAUCCAUCGAAGCUUCUUCUACUCCCCACCCUCCUUCUCCGUCUCCCUUCUCCUGCUUCUGCCGGGUGGGACAACCCUUUUCCGCGCGUGCCGAAGGUGGGGAGUGCGAUACGGUGCGGAGAAAGGUAUGCGGGGAACCUUGAAAGGGGGGAGGGGGGGAAAGGGUCUUCUCACCGGCGAUGGUAUAGCCUAGAGCGAUAUAGGACAAAAACUAGACGGGGGAGACCUUUUUCUGGACGUUCGGGUCCUCCUCUCUCGGGGGCGGGAGGAGUCGUUCUACCCU